GGAUCCCGGCUCCAAGAGGAGACAGACGACCAGAUAAGAGGAUGAAGACUCUGACGCUGGUGCUGCUGGUUUUGGCUUUUACUUCUGCCAGUGCCAUAAAGCCUAGAAGUCAGUUCACACAUUACCGCUCAUGGAACUCAAGGAUGUAUCCUGUGUGGAGAGAUGGAGACCCAAGAUUUAGGAACUGCUGGUUUGGCGGUGAAGUAACUUUUGAUAUUAAAAAUGAUGCACCCACUCUGACUGGAGCAAGAACAACAUUCACUAUUAGUCUGAGCUUCCCACCAAACCAGACAGUGCUCUCUGAUGGCCAGGUGGUGUGGGCACGUAACUGCACCAUCAAUGGACAGCCGUAUCAGGAGGGACGGGCUGUGUAUCCCAACCAGGACACAGAGUGGAUGGGAGUUUUCCCUGAUGGCGCACCCUUCAACAGGACCCAGGACAAGAGACCUCACUAUGUGUUUGUGUGGAAGACAUGGGGACGUUACUGGCAGGUGGCAGAUGGACCUUCCUCCUCCCUCACCAUUGGGACAGACAAUGUCCCCCUGGGCUCCUACAACAUGGAGGUUGUCAUCUAUCACUGCCGUGGCAGAGACAAGUUCAUCCCUCUUGGUUAUGCCUCCACAGUCUUUGCCAUCACAGACCAGGUUCCCUUCACCAUAUCACUCGUCCAAAUCAAUGAUGUAAACCAGGAUGACCAGAACUUCAUCCAGAACCGAGCUAUUGCAUUUAGCAUCAGUCUCCAUGAUCCCAGCCAGUACCUCAACAAUGCUGACAUCAGCUUCAGCUGGGACUUUGGUGACAACUCUGGAACUCUGAUCUCCAGGGAGCGCACUGUCACACACACAUACCUCACCGUCGGGACCUUCAGACCUCAAGUGGUCCUGACGGCAAGCAUCCCCAGUGGCUGUGGUAACCCCACUGCUGUUUCUCCUACUGAUUCAUCUGCUGUUCCAGUAGUAGUUGUGAUGACCUCCACCCCUGCAGCUCUCACAGCAGCACCAGCUGAGGGAGGAGAUGCAAUUGCACUGGACGUUUCCGCUUCUGAUACCACUCCACUCGCUUCUGUGCAGCCAGCUGACGCAGAUGCAAAUACAGAUAACGGAGAAUCAGUUGUUAAUACAGACACAGAGGCAGUAGAGAUUGCCUCAGUAGCUCCUGCAGUGGUUGAUGCAGCUGCUGUUGCAGAAGAUCAAGAUCCUGCCAACACUGCUGCAGAAGCAGAUGUUGCUGGGGAGGAAACAGAUGCUGCAGCAGCAGAAGUGAUCACUGCUGCCCCUGCUGCUCCUGCAGCUGUAGAACCAGCAGAUGCUGAUACAGCUGCUGCAAUUGAAACUGCAGCGGUUACAAAUGCAGCUGAAGAUAAUGCGCCUGUGAUUGAUGCUGCUGCCUCAGUUGCACCUGUUGCAGAAGUAGAAGAAGCUGCGACUGAGGCCCCUGCUGAUAACGUUGUUGCUCCUGCUGCAAGUCAGACCACAGCUCUAGAAGCAGCAGCACCAGCUGAUGUGUCAGUGGAUACUGAGACUGAGCUACUGGAAACUGAGAAUGAAGUUGCAGCUACUGCAGCUCCUGCAGAGCAACCAGCAAAUGUGGAGGAGGCUGUUCCAGUUGAAGGUGAAGUUCAAGCAGAGGUGGAAACAGAUCCAGCGCAGGUCGUCCUCACUGUGGCUAAAAGACAAGCACCAGAGCUGGCACCUGACUGCAUGGUCUACCGUUACGGCUCGCGUGCCACCUCUGUAGAUAUUGUCCAGGGUAUUGAAAGUGUAGAGAUUGUACAGGUGUCAAAUGUUGUAUCAGUGGCCACUGAGUUGGAACAAAAUGCUGUGGACAUCACCAUUACCUGUCAGGGAAGUCUGCCAAGCGAGGUCUGCACAGUCAUUUCUGAUGCUGACUGUAUCACAGCAGUUGAGACCGUCUGUAAUGCAGCCUCACCCUCUUCAGAUUGUCAGAUGGUCCUUCGUCAGUUCUUCAAUGACUCUGGAGUAUUUUGCCUCAAUGUCUCUCUGACCAAUGACGUCAGCCUUGCUGUGGCAAGUGCAAGAGUCAGUGUAACACUAGCCUCUGGUGGUUCUCCAGCUGGGACUGCCGCAACAAUCCUGGGUGUUAUGUUGCUCGCCUGUGUCAUCUGUUGUAUUGGUCUGAUGUACAGGAGGUUCAAGCAGUACCAGCCUCCAAGAGAAGACGGUGUUGUCAGUAACGGAGGAAGCGUGGCGGUAACAUCGAUACCAUUGUUGUUGUGGAACUUGCUGAGCCGACAGUCACCAGGAGAAAGUCGUCCACUGCUUCAGGGGAAAACUGUGUAAACAUCAUCACUAGUGCGUGUGCUCGCCAUCUACAUCUGCUAUCAUAUACAAAUAUACUACUCUCUCUGUAUUAAUGUGGUAACUCAGUGAGUGGUAAA